AUGCCUCUUGUUGGCUUAUAUCUUCCUGCGCCAUGGCUGGUGUUUGGCGGACUUGUUGUCCUUGCCAUUAAUUGGUUGCGUUGCCCAACGGUUUUGGCUAAACUUCCCAGUCCCCCAGGUGGGAAUUGGCUUUUUGGUCAUUUCAAGAGUCUUGUGGGAGCCCACGGUUUUGAGUUUCAAAGAGGAGUGUUCACCACUCAUGGCCCCACGUCUGUGCUCAAAGGAUUCUUGGGAUCCCAAAUUAUAUUCACAAUCAACCCAGCCAUUAUUCACACCGUUCAGAUCAAGGAAAAGGACAAAUUCCACUGUGCUAAAGGUCCUACCAUUAUGGUUUGCUCCAUCCUUGGAGGGGGAUUACUAGGGCUCCCUUCUCACAAGCACCGGGUUCAGUGCAAGAUGCCUAUCUUUAUGGGAAUCGCCAAGGAGGCCACCGGUUCAAUCAACAAGGAGCUUUCAUUGUCUCAGGGAUCUAAGGAAGUCAAUGUUUUCCCAUGGGCAACUGCCGCUGCCUUAGAUCUAGUUGGCAAAGCUGGACUUGGAUAUGCAUUUAACUUGUUUGCUGGAGAUCAAAACAAAUACAGCACUGCAAUCAAGAGUGUCACGAAUGAUUUGGCUUCUACGGCAGGAAGGGGAAGAGAUAUUAUGACUCUCCUAAUGAAAGCAAAUGAGUCCAAAGGAACCAACUCGUAUAUUGACCACAAGUCAAUGGUUGGUCACAUGAACGUUUUCAUUUUUGCAGGUCAUGAAACCACAAGAUGCAAAGAGGAUACUGUGCUUCCUCUGGACUAUCCACUUGAUACCCCCUCUGGAAAAAUCACCAGUAUACCUGUUAGAAAGGGCGCUUGUGUCUUCCUAAGUAACACGUUUUUCAACCAAAACAAGUUGAUCUGGGGCAAACAAGCUGAGGAGUUCUUGCCUGAGCGGUGGAUAGGAAAAAAGAUUGAUGAGGUCACUCAAACGGGAUCCUGCUUGCCCGGAGUCUAUUCUUCAAUGAUGACAUUUGGAUUGGGUUCCUAUGCUUGCAUCGGAUUCAAAUUUGCGGUUAUGGAAAUUAGUUGA